AGUCGAUGAACGACGAUAGCGCCGCUUCCGCUUCCGGUUGGGAAUGUGGAAAAAAUGGCGGCGUCCAUAGCGGCCUCGGCAUUGCCAGGCGCUUUCGGGCGGCUGGUGUCUGUAUGUAGCCGCAGCAUCCUGGCACCUUCGGGACCCGGAGCUGCUGCCCUCCGGUCUGCUUCUCAAAGAUUCAAUUCACAGAGCACUUCAUAUCCACAAGGAUAUGUUCCUAAGACCUCUCUGAGCUCACCACCCUGGGAAGAAGUGGUUCUGCCAGACCCCGUUGAAGAGACAAAACACCACAAAGAGGUUGUGAGGAAGGUGAAUGAGCUGAUCGCCACGGGCCAGUAUGGCCGCCUCUUUGCUGUCGUGCACUUUGCCAGCCACCAAUGGAAGGUGACCUCCGAGGACCUGAUUCUAAUUGAAAAUGAGUUGGACAUCAAGUGUGGAGAGAGGAUCCGGCUGGAGAAGGUCCUGCUGGUCGGGGCAGACAACUUCACACUCCUGGGCAAGCCACUCCUCGGAAAGGAUCUUGUGCGGGUUGAAGCCACAGUCAUUGAAAAGACAGAAUCAUGGCCCAAAAUCAACAUGAAAUUUAGGAAAAGGAAAAACUUCAGGAAGAAAAACAUCAUCGUGAACCCACAGACCGUCCUCCGGAUUAACACCAUUGAGAUCGCGCCUCGUUUGCUGUGACCACAGAGCAAUAAAAAUAAACUCAGGAUGCAGAGGCACGGGAAUCACAAGUUCUAGGCCAGGUUGGGCUACACAGCAAGACCCUGUCUGAUAAUAAAAACAAAGUAUUUUCUAGGAGCCUGA